GCGCCGGGCUCCGGUGCCCGAGUCCGGCCCGCUCGGGGCGGCAGCAGCGCCGGGUCCCGGCCAGGCGGCCUCGCUCCUCCCCUUUCCCUCCGUGUCCCCGCGCGCGCCCUGCCCGCCGCCGCGGUCCAAUAGUGUGAAGAACAAUCUUUGUUUCACUUGAAUUAAACUCCAUGCCGAUUCCACGCUGCAAAUCUCCAGUCGCUCAAAGAUGACGUUAGAAGGAGCAGCCUCUUGCUAUCUUAACAAUGGAAGGUCAGUCUUGUGCUAAUACAAAGAUUAUCCAGCAAGUACCCUCUGGAUCAAGUCCUCCACCCUUCCUUAACUUGCUGAAAAUACAUCGAGAACUUUUAGUCAGCAAAAUCCGAAACACCCAGUGUUUGAUUGACAACUUGAUCAAGAAUGAAUACUUCUCUACUGAAGAUGCAGAAAUUGCCGCACAGUUUCCUAUUCAAGCCGACAAGGUUCGUAAAAUUCUGGAUCUGGUUCAAAGCAAAGGAGAAGAAGUUUCAGAAUAUUUCAUCUACAUCCUGCAAGAGGUCUCUGAUGCGUAUUAUGAACUACAGCCUUGGUUGGAUGAAAUAGAUUUCCACCCUUCACAGAAUAUUCAAAAUAAACCUGUUGUAAAUACAGAUCCAGUCAGCAGGUACCGUCAGAAACUCAAAUAUGAAUUGGCACGAGACACAAAGUUUGUUAUGUCGUAUGCUCAGAAGGAGGAAAUGCUUCUGGAGGAAACCUAUGCUGCUAGUCUUAUCGAGCUGGUCAGUUAUACCAAUGAGAGCCUAGGCAAGGUGAGCCGCUUAGAAGAUCUGUUUGAUGAUAGAAUUGGGUUAAUUAAUGAAGAUGGAGAGACGAUCUACAUCUUUGGUGAUGCAGGUAUUGGAAAAUCCAUUUUGCUACAAAAGAUGCAAAAUCUUUGGGCCAGAGGCGAAUUGGAUGUAGGUGCCAAAUUUUUCUUCCGGUUCAGGUGCAGGAUGUUUAGCUGUUUUAGGGAGAAUGAAGCCAUCUGUUUGAAGGAUCUCCUGUUCAAAUACAACUGUUACCCAGAUCAGGACCCCGAGGAGGUAUUCAACCACAUCCUGCACUUCCCUCAUACAGCCCUUUUCACAUUUGAUGGUUUUGAUGAGAUCCAUUCCGACUUUGACCUGAGCAGCAUCCCCGAGAUCUGCUCACCCAAUGAACCUACCCACCCUCUUGCCCUGUUGGUGAAUCUUCUCAGCGGAAAGGUUCUUAAGGGAUCCAGGAAAGUUCUGACAGCAAGGACAGGAACUGAGAUCCAUCAAAACAUCAUUAGGAAGAAAGUACUGCUCCGAGGGUUUUCCAGCAGUAACCUGAAGGAAUACACUAAGAAUUUCUUCAGAGAUGAGGAGUGUCGGGUAUUGAUGUCGAACCAGCUGGAAGCAAACCCCAGUCUCUGCAGUUUGUGUUCAGUGCCUUUGUUUUGUUGGAUUAUCUUUAAAUGCUUUGAACUCCUCCGUUCCAUGUUCGACAGUCAUGAGCUUCCAAACUACUCAGUUACACUCACAGAUGUUUUUUUGCUCAUGACUGAAGUUCACUUGAACCGAACUCUGAAAACAAAUUUGCUGAAGAAGAACACCAGGAGCCAAGUGGAGACAUUCAGGUCGAAAAAGGAAACUCUGUUCUCUUUGGGUACAAUAGCACACAUGGGGAUGGAGAAGUCUCUCUUUAUCUUUGACCAGGAGGAAGUCACAUCCUUGCAUGUGUCAGAGCAGGAUUUGCACCUGGGAUUCCUCAGGACGGUUCAUGACUGUGGUGGCUAUGGAGACCAGUCCUCCUGUGAGUUCUUGCACUUGACCCUGCAGUCUUUUUUCACAGCUUUGUUCCUAGUUACUGAAGAGAAAUUGGGUACAAAGGAGUUACUGAAGUUUUUCUCAGAGUGCUCUUCCACUGACACUGCUCACUCUACUUGUCUCCCUAUUUCCUGGUUGCGCAAAUGCCCUAUAGGAGAAGAUCCUUUCCGAAAUAAAGAACAUUUUCACUUCACCAAUCUUUUCCUCUGUGGUCUGCUUUCCAAAGACAAGGAGAAGCUCAUCAGACAUUUAGUUUCACCUGCAGCCAUUAAAAGGAAAAGAAAUGCGCUCAUUACAUAUCUCUUAGAAAGCAUGAAAUUUCAAAUGCAGAGCCUGAUGCGGGCAAGACUUAAGGGUUAUAAACAGAUUCAGGUCAUGCCCAAUUUUGUUUGGAUGCUGAGGUGCAUUUAUGAGACUCAAAGUGAAAAACUAGCCAAGCUGACUGUCAGGGGCAUGAGGGCCAACUACAUCAAACUCACCUAUUGCAAUGCGUAUUCGGCAGACUGCAGCGCCAUUUCCUUUGUGAUGCAGCACUUUCAGAAGCAUCUGGGUCUGGAUCUAGACAACAAUAAUAUCAAUGACUAUGGAGUAAAACAACUUCAACCUUGUUUUAACAAGCUUGCAGUGAUCAGGCUGAGUGUUAAUCAGAUCACAGAUCAUGGAGUAAGAGUACUAUAUGAUGAGCUCUCCAAGUACAAAAUUGUGACUUUCCUGGGCUUGUACAACAACCAAAUUACUGAUGUUGGAGCCAGAUACGUUGCAAGACUCAUUGAAGAAUGUUCAAGCCUCACAUAUGUUAAAAUAGGAGCAAACAAGAUAACCACUGAAGGAGGGAAAUGUCUUGCCCUUGCUAUCCAGAAGAGCAAAACAAUGUUUGAAAUUGGGAUGUGGGGUAACCAGGUUGGAGAUGAAGGAGCGAAGGCGUUUGCAGAGGCACUGAGGAAUCACCCCACCUUAACAAAUGUGAGUCUUGCAUUCAAUGGCAUCACGACAGAGGGAGGCAAAAGCAUUGCCGAAGCUUUGCAGCACAACAGCACCGUGAAAAUAUUUUGGUUGACUAAAAAUUCGAUAGAUGACGAAGCUGCAAAGAGCUUUGCAGAGAUGCUGAGAGUCAACAAGAAGCUAGCACAUUUAUGGCUUAUCCAGAAUCAGAUUACAGCCAAAGGGGCCAAAUACCUCAGUGAAGCUCUCCAGGAGAACACAACCCUGAAAGAAAUCUGCUUAAAUGGGAACCUGAUCAACCAAGAAGAGGCCAAAGCCUUUGCAGAUGAAGAACGGAUUAUUUGCUUUUGAGUGUGUUUUUUCCAGUUUGGACAAGCUCAGUAUUACAAGUAUUGUUCCAGCACUUAGAGACUGCAGGGUUACCAAGGCAUCCGUCUGUACUGGGGACGUCACUGCAUGUAAGGGAGUCUGAUUAACUGGCUUUUUCAGAACACUCUGCCCUUCCCCCUCCAGUAAGGUGCCUGUGUUGUUACUCCACACUUUUGCGGAGUGUGACAGUGCCUUAGAGGACUAAGUGUUUGUACAGUGCUUGGAUGAUUUAAAGUGCCCUGUCAGUGUAAUCAAACCCACCCCACCCCCCCCAGCAGGUCUAUAUACUUUGAUACAUCUAUAUCCAUGUAUUAGGUAAAUAAGUCUCUUUAUAGCUUAUUUAUAUGUACAAUUAAGGCUGCAAGAUCUUGUGGAAGAGCCACAAGCUCACAGCAACAUCCCCAGUGGACUGAGGAAAAGCUUGUGAGCAUUUGGAGAUCCUGAGUAGAACUGUAAACCAUCCAUGCAGGGCAUUUUCUGUGCUCGUGCCUGGGGUCUAAUUUUCCCAUCAACUGUCAGUGGAGCUAUGGGAGCUUAGCACUCCUGAAAAGCAGGAUCUUAGACUUUAGGCUUUCAUUAUUUUUAAUACUCCUUCCUCCACAUUGGAGCUAAUUCACACAACUUCCCCCAGAUACCCAGCAGCACUCCUGCCAUUUUGUUAGAAUGUUGUGUGGUCAGUAUAGAGACAGCCCCCUGUAAUUACAGUGUUCAGUUUUGGGGGAUUCUGGAGAUAAACCUGAAGAAUUGGCCACUAGCCUCAGAUAUUAGACAAAUUUAGACUGGACUUAAUUCUCAUUAAAAAUGUAUACCUUUUAGCAGCUAUUGGAACCAUUUACACAAGGGCAUGGUGGAUUCUCCAUCACUGAAGAUUUUUAAAUCAAGGUUGGAUGGUUUUCUGAAAGGAAUUCUAUUAGGGGAAGUUUGAGGGCCUGUGUUGUACAGGAGGUCAGACUAGAUCAGGGUUCUCAAACUGGGGGUUGUGACCCCUCAUAGGGUUGUGAGGUUAUUACAUGGGGGGGAGGGUCAUGAACCGUCAGCCUCAACCCCCAAACCCUGCUUUCCCCCCAGUAUUUAUAAUAGUGUGAAAUAUAAAACAGGUGUUUUAAUUUAUAUGGGGGUCGCACUCAGAGGCUUGCUGUGCGAAAGGGGUCACCAGUAGGAAAGUUGAGAACCACUGCACUAGAUGACCACAAUGGUUCUGUCUGGCCUUGGAAUCUGACACGCUGCUGCUAGCAACACACCAACAGCAAAGAGCAAGGAGAACAGAAGAACUAACUGAAUUGAGCAGAAAUCUCUUUCCCAGCAACAGGGAAGUGUUAAAAACUGUUUGCGAACGUAAGACUUGCAUGCCAGUCCUACCUGAAUUAACAGAACCAUUGAAAGCAUCAGUAGGAGAUUGGAAUGACAAGCCACAAUCUUGAGCUCGAAGAGUUGAGAAGCAAAAUGAUUUUCAGUAGGAACUAGUGAUUUUGGGAGCCUAAUCUGAGCUGCCUUAAAGAAGCCUGAUUCUCAGAGGGCAGGUGCGCAGUACUUUGAGAAAAUCAGGCCUUUUUUAAUACAUCUCAAGCUUUGAAGCACCCAAAAGUAUUAAACACUUUGCAAAAGCUUGGUCAAUGUUCCUUAAUUUUCCUUUAGUUAAAUAAAUUUUCAUUCACUAGAUUAAAAAAACAAACACAUACACCAAUACACCUACCUGUAUGUGUGCUUGAUUCUCUAUUUACUAACUUGCCCACCGACCCAGGUGGGAUGAAGGAAGGAAGGUAUGGUAUAAAUUCUAGUAAAAACAAUCUUAGAUCUCCACAAAGUUAAAAUAGUUAAAGGGUUUUCUUUCUAUUUUAAAUCCACCCCUACCUCUUUUUGGGAGCAGCACCCUCCUGUUUCCCACCCCCAUUUAUUCCUUUUUUCUCCAAAACACACUUUCAAACACUGUAAAGAAAAAUAUUAGUGUUUGUUAUUUUCAGUGGGCUUUUCUCACUGGCUGUUACGUCAGUGAUGUGGCUCUGCUCCCACUGCGGUGAGGUGAUGACACUUCCAUGUCUUCCUAGAAAAAUCAGCUAACUGGAAUGAUUGAUGCAUCUGGGCCACUUGUUUACUGAAGCAAAGAGGUGCAGAGUCAGACAUGCAGUAUAUUUUAAGCUGUAAAAACAUCUGCCAACACAAAAUAUUUAAAAGCGUGUUAUAGGCUAUUUUUAGAAAAAACCCACACUUUUCUCUUAGGCUAUGUCCACACUACACUUUCAUUGUUAAAACUUUUGUCGCUCAGGGGAAGUGAAAAAACACCUCCCUGAACGACAAAAGUUUUAGCAACAAAAAGUGCCCAUGUGGACACCGCUUUGUUAGCAGAAGACUCUCCCGCUGACGAAGUUACCGCCCCUCAUUUGAGGUGGUUUUAUUUUGGCGUUAGGAGCGCGCUCUCCUGGCGACAAAGAGCAACUACAGUGGCACAGCUGUACCACUGUAAGGUGUGCAGUGUAGACAUAGCCUACGUCAUACUAAAGUCUUCCCAGUCCCUCGCAGAUACAACCGCCACCAAAAAAAAGGGCAUGAUCCUGAAAGGUAGUGAGUCCCCUUUGUUCCUACUGUGCUCAGCAUGUCCCGGGAGGUAUUGAUAGUAGAAUUAAACCCUAGAGCAUAAGAGGGAAAAAUGCAUUUUCAUUAUUCCAAGUCACUGAUGUGAAAAUACAAAAUGUCCAUGAAUUUAAUAUGCUCAUUUGGGGCUUUUCCCUUCAGCUUCUUCUGCACUACAGUUUAGAAGAGGGUUUGGCACUGAUCCUGGUGCAAACUCUGUUACGUGCAUACCUGUUACAAAGCAUGGGUCCAAUGCUGCAUGCGCUUACUGUGGGGCAUAGCGUUCACUGAACUGCUCAGGGAAGCAAGCACUGCAUUUGAUAGGAACAGGCCUUGUGUUAAGAAACCAUGUGCUGUAGACUGUGGGCCUAUUAAACACUCCUGUCCAACCAACCCUUAGCAUCAAAGGAGGAUCCACGUACAGAGAGCUCAGAAGACUGCGCCUUGGCUGUAGUGGUGUUGUUACUGAAGCCGUAGCCGAUUUCUGCUCCAAGUGGAGCCGUGACAGCGAUUUAUUGCCCACAUUACUUCAUAGUUUCAGCUUGGGGAAAACACGGCUGCCAUGUGUGGAGAAGCUUGAAUUUCCCACCACAGAGUUUUGGGCUUCACUUUUUUCUUCAUAAACUUAAUGGGCUAUUUGCAGUGAGCUCCCAAGCUAUAGCUUGACCACCUACAAAGGGGACCUUGUUACCAGAAUUCAGGUCUCCGAGAAAGCCCUUAGAUUGUAAUUAAAUACAUAUUUUUAAAACUUGGAAUUAAUAAUUUACUUAAAGUCCUUUUUACAGAACCAUGUAUUUUUUCACCCCUUGUUAAUAAACAGCUUUCUAAGA